AUGAAGCGACAUUGCCCGUCUGGGGAUACACAAGUCCAAGCCGCCGAAAAGCAUGUCCAGGCAGCGGAAAAAGAUAUCCAAGAGGAUUGUCCCCAAAACAUCGUCACUUCUUCUAAUAAACUGAAUUGUGCAGACGAAAUGAUCUCCCCACAAAGACGGAUCUCCCUGCGCUCCUGGAAGGGAAAGCCUCAAGUAGAUAUCCGUGAAUACUACUCAGACUCUCUUGGAGAGACCAAGCCAGGAAGGAAGGGUAUUGGCAUAUCUUCAAUGUUAGGUAUUUCCUUGAGCCUCGAUCAAUUUAAUGCUCUUGCAAAAGCCAUUCCCCGUAUUCAGGCCAUGAUUACCUGUGAUAAAUAA